CAGCACUGGCGACGAUGCAACUACGUAAUACUAGCUUUGCCUAUGUUUUUAACUGCCCAUGAAGCUAUCCGCAGUACCCGAUCGCUCGUCGGCCUAUCUCGCCUACGGCCUGUAGCUACAUCAAGUGUUGGUAGACCAAGACGUCCUCUCGUCCUCUCCGAUCCUCAUACUUGCCCCUCAUCUUCCACUCAAGACCAUCCUCUCUUCAGUACGCUGACAUCCAGAAACAUGCCUCUUCAAACCUCAAGCGUCUACCCGGCCACGGAUCCAGACUUCGCAAGCUUCCCUUCUCGUCGAUCAGUAGUCCACAGCACAAAAGGCAUAGUAGCUUGCACACAGCCAUUGGCAGCAAAAUGUGGUAUCGAGAUUCUUCAGAAAGGCGGGAACUGCGCCGAUGCUGCAGUAGCAGUCGCUGCAGGGCUCAACAUGACUGAGCCAGGAAGCACAGGCAUUGGAGGGGAUAUGUUCUGCCUAUUCUACAAUGCAAAGACGAAGAAAGUGCACUCGCUCAAUGGCUCGGGGAGAUCAGGAAAAGACCAGACACUGGCCAAUGUGAGGAAGAGCUUAGGCCUCAAGGAUGGACAGUCGGGAAAGAUACCCAUGACCAGCGUGCAUGCUGUUAGCGUACCGGGUGCUGCUGCUGGGUGGGUUGAUACAUACGAGAGGUUCGGAAGCGGCAAGGUCAGUCUGGAAGAGAUUCUGGAGCCAGCAGCCAAGUUAGGUGAGGAGGGCUUUCCUGUUAGCGAACUCAUGGCAUCCUGGUGGGAACAAUCCAACGAGCGGAUCCGGAAGGCCUCUCCCAACUUCCGGGAAAUGUUGAAGAAGGACCCAAGUGCGCAAGAUGGGUGCCGGCCACCAUUGCCCGGGGAGAUCAUGAAAAACCCAACGCUAGCUGAGACUUUCCGAACUGUUGGUAGAGAAAAGAAGGCUGGAUUCUACCAGGGACGCAUCGCAGAAGAGCUCGUCAAAGUGGUACAGGAUCUUGGUGGACACUUGACUUUGGAGGACUUGAAGAACCAUGCAGAACUCGGCUCCGAAGAUACGGAAGCAAUCAGUCUCAAGUUCAAGGUGCAGGACGUGGCCAAGUCGCAUGGUCAGCACAUGCAUGAUAAGAGCAGCGAAGGGGUCGAGUUAUGGGAACACCCUCCGAACGGCCAGGGUAUUGUAGCGCUCAUGGCAUUGGGCAUCAUUGAGCAGUUGGAGAAAUCGGACAAGAUCCCCAAAUUCACGAAGAAGGACCACAACUCAACGGCUUACGUGCACGCCGUGGUUGAGGCACUGCGGAUUGCUUUCGCCGAUGGCAACUGGUGGAUAGCAGACCCAAAGGUUUCAAAGGUGCCUACGAAACAGCUGAUCAGUCCAGAGUACCUCGCCGAGAGGGCGAAGCUGUUCAGUCCAGAGAAAGCCAGCGACGUCCUCGACCAUGGAUCGCCUGCGCAUAAUCACUCCGACACUGUCUAUUUCUGCGUCACAGACAGCGAAGGGAACGGCAUCUCCUUCAUUAACAGCAAUUACGGCGGAUUCGGUACAUGCAUCAUCCCAAAGGGCUGUGGCUUCACGCUUCAGAAUCGCGCCGCGAACUUUGCUUUGCAACCGGAGAACCAUCCAAACAUUCUAGAGCCAAACAAGAGACCGUACCACACAAUCAUCCCGGCUCUAGUGACGAAUGUCGCAGAUCAGAGCUUACACAGCGUGUACGGGGUCAUGGGCGGCUUCAUGCAGCCGCAAGGACAUGUCCAGGUCUUGCUCAACCAGCUCGUGUUCGGAUACACACCACAAGCCGCCCUCGAUGCGCCGCGGAUAUGCAUUGGAGCUGGAAUGCCGGAUGCUGGUGACGUGAUGGAUCGGACGGUGUACCUGGAAGAAGGAAUUCCGGCAGAGACUGUGGAAGGAUUGAAGAAGCUGGGACACAAGGUCGAAGUGGUCUAUGGGCACGAUCGAGGUUUGUUUGGAAGAGGACAGAUCAUUCGGUGGUCUCUGGAUCCUGUGGAGGAGCAGGGAGUUUGGAGCGCCGGAAGUGAUCCGAGAGGUGAUGGGCAUGCUGUGCCGUUGUAGACCACUAUUGCGCAUCGGCCAAUUUUGAAAAUAUGCAUUGGCAAUGCUGCCGCAACUCAAGAGACAUGUGACUGAAUCAAAAAGCUCAACUAUCCACCUACGAAGAGCCAAGGGCGGAGGCAUACCUG